AUGCCAAAGUUGGUUCUAGUCAGACACGGUCAAUCCGAAUGGAACGAGAAGAACUUGUUCACCGGCUGGGUGGACGUUAGAUUGUCCGCUAUUGGUGAAAAGGAAGCUGCUCGUGCUGGUCAAUUGUUGAAAGAAAAGAACGUCAAGCCAGAGAUCUUGUUCACUUCCAAGUUGAGCAGAGCCAUUCAGACCGCUAACAUUGCUUUGUCUGAGGCCGACAGACUAUGGAUCCCAGUCGUCAGAUCCUGGAGAUUGAACGAGAGACACUACGGUGCUCUACAAGGUAAGGACAAGGCCGCCACCUUGAACGAAUACGGUGAAGAGAAAUUCAACACCUGGAGAAGAUCCUUCGACGUUCCUCCACCAACCAUCGAGGACUCGUCCGAGUACUCCCAAAAGGGUGAAGAAAGAUACAACGACAUUGACCCAGCCGUUGUCCCAGCCACUGAGUCCUUGAAGCUCGUCAUCGACAGAUUGUUGCCAUACUGGCAAGACGUUAUCUCCAAGGAGCUUUUGGACGGUAAGACUGUCAUGAUCGCCGCCCACGGUAACUCCUUGAGAGGUUUGGUCAAGCACUUGGACAACAUCUCCGAUGCUGACAUCGCCAAGUUGAACAUUCCAACUGGUAUCCCAUUGGUUUACGAGCUGGACGAGAACUUGAAGCCAACCAAGCCCGCUUACUACUUGGACCCAGAAGCCGCUGCUGCCGGUGCCGCCGCUGUCGCUGCUCAAGGUAAGAAGAAAUAA